UCAUGAGACCACAAGCACCGAAGGUUCCCCGGCUACGACCCGUCGUUCUAAACAUGUCUGAACCCCCAACAUCCAAACAUGCUGAAGUGGAGGGUGGAGACUGUUUGACUGUUGCUCUGCCCCUCGUCCCCCCAUCAGACUCUGAGAUACAAGAUGUAAAAUCCAGCGGGAUCUUAAAGGGUAACGCGAUGCUUCAAUCUGAACAACCAGAUAGGAUCUGUGUAGUCCCAAUCCACCAUCGCCCAGACCUACUAGUUCCUUGUGCAGAUCUGGUCAACUCAGAAUGGCAGAGGAGCCAGGCAGCCAGGGUUCAUUCCCUCCAGAAGUCCUGUUCCGAGUUCCCUGUCUGUCUGGUUCUCCUCCGGAGGCACGGAGAGAUGGAGCAGCUGCUGGGUCAUGCUCGGCUGUCCCGGGUCGUGGGUCGCAGCAGCAGCCUUUUCCUGGAGUCGGUGGUUGUGUCCAAAGCAGAGCGAGGGAAAGGUCAUGGUCGGACACUGAUGGAGAAGACAGAGCGAUAUGCCAAAAACCGCGGCUUCAAGCGCCUUUACCUCACCACUCAUGAUAAGCAGCACUUCUACGCCCAUCUCGGCUACGUGCUGUCGACACCGGUGCAGAAUGCGGGAGCCAUGACGACGUUUGUUCCAAUGGAGUUCCUUCUGAAGUUUUCCAGAAUGCCGAAUGGAGAUGCAAGCAUGCCGAAGCAAACGGGAACACGCAAGUGGAUUCUGCAAGGAGACUCAGGAGGUGCUGGUGUGGUAGGUUCUCCUCCUCCCUCUGUCCCACCUCCGGCUCCUCCCUUCGUCCCUCCACCUCCUCCGGUUCCUCCCUCCGUCCCUCCGGCACCUCCAGCUCCUCAGUUUGCACAGCAGCAGGUAGUCCAGACUCUGACUGAAACUCCCUACAGAGAUGUCAAAGGCGUUCCUGUCUUCUGGAUGCACAAAGACGUCUGACAAAAAUGGAACACCCGCAAAUGUUUACAGGAACCAGGACAACAAACCAAAGCAGCAGAGGAGAGUUUACACCACUAUAAGGCUUUUAUUGAGAAAUGCAAAUGCAGGAAGUGUAUUCUUGACAUACGUCAACUGAACUGUGCAGCGAUGUGUGAUUUGAUAAGCAUCAAAACAGGAUCCCAGUUCAGACAUGAAAUAAACCGAAAGAAACCUGAUUUGGGCCACUUCAGCCUGAGAAUUGGUGCUUUGGGUUUUGUGUCCCAAACCGAGCACUGAACUAAAUUAAUUUAGUUUAGUAAAUUAAAUUCAUUUGGUUCAGUGAAGUAAAUUAAUUAUUUAUUUAAAAUUCUGUGUUUAAAGUGCUGCAGCUCGUGUCUGACGCCUGCAAAGAACAAAAAAGGGAAUUGGUGUAAACAGGCCAAAUCCAGUCUGCGGUGAUCUUUAACUUUAAAGGAGCCGUUCUAAACUUCCACAGCACUGAGCUCUUGUUAAAUUGAAUAUUUGUUAAUUUUUGAAUCAAAUGUUACACAUGUGCAACACAUCAUGUUUCAAUGAAAUGAAUAGUAUUUAAUCAGAAGUUACAGCUGUGAGUUAUUUUUUAUUGCUGCUGAUAAUCAGCCCUGAA